AUGACUCGAUUUGUGGGUUGUAUCGAUUUGCACAACGGUCAAGUUAAACAGAUAGUGGGUGGUACUUUGAAUGAAGAACAGGAUGAACAGCUACAAACCAAUUUUGUUUGUGAACAAAGCUCGUCUUUUUACGCAGAAAUGUACAAAAAAAAUGGGGUUACAGGGUGCCAUGUUAUCAAACUGGGCCCCAAUAACGAUGAAGCUGCUCUGGAAGCGUUGAAAUCGUCUCCCAAAUUUUUGCAGGUUGGUGGUGGCAUCAACUAUGAUAAUUGUUUGAAAUGGCUGGAGAGCGCUAGCAAAGUGAUCGUAACAAGCUGGCUUUUCGAUUCUGAGGGCCAGAUUGUGGUGUCUAAUUUGCAGAAAAUAUCGAACCGUUGUGGUAAGGAACGCUUGGUGAUAGACUUGAGCUGCAGAAAAGUUGAGACAGCAGGCGAAAGCCAAUGGAUUGUAGCGAUGAACAAGUGGCAGAAACUCACAAAUGUCGUUUUGAGCAAAGAAACUUUCACAUGGAUGAGCCAGUAUGCCGACGAGUUUUUGAUUCAUGCGGCAGACGUAGAGGGUCUUUGCCGUGGUGUAGACGAAGUUCUGAUCGCUAAACUUUACGAGUGGACCGAGGAUCUGCCGCACUUGAAAAUCGUGUAUGCCGGUGGUGCCAAAAGCAUAGACGAUUUGCAACUUGUUGACAAAUUAAGCCACGGGAAAGUCGAUCUAACGUAUGGCAGCGCCUUGGACAUUUUUGGGGGCAAAUUAGUUACUUUCGAGGAUUGUUGCAAAUGGAACGAGCGAAAGGCCUAA